UAUCCGAACAAUCAUAUGGCGAGUGCUUCUCACUCGCUCUUUGGUCUGCUGUUAAGAGGGGUUCGCGACCGCGCGGCUCGUCCGUCGUAUUCCCUCUUUCGGUCGUCGCCUGCCGCUCUCCGCCCCACUUCGUGCCUCCUCGCCCCGAAUCCGAUCCGUCUAUUCCGCGGAACGGUUCAGCCUCGGUCUGAGUCUAGGUCGCAGUCUGAGAUGGAGGAGCUCGUCAGCUACACCUUCGGCCCGUACAAGAUCCACCGUACCGAGGUCUUCCACUCCACCUUGCACUCCUUUGCCAUGGUCAACCUGCGGCCUCUCCUACCGGGUCAUGUGCUUGUAUGUCCAAGGCGGGAAGUAAAACGUUUUAUUGAUCUCACUGCUGAUGAGGUUUGUGACUUAUGGCUUACUGCCAAGGAAGUUGGUGGUCGUCUUGAGCGUCAUCAUGAAGCAUCUUCACUGACAUUUGCUAUUCAAGAUGGACCUCAGGCGGGGCAGACAGUUCCUCAUGUGCACAUUCACAUUCUACCCAGGAAAAAGGGUGAUUUCGAGAAAAAUGAUGAGAUCUAUGAUGCGAUUGAUUUGAAAGAGAAGGAACUCAAGGAGAAGCUUGACUUGGACAAAGAAAGGAAGGACAGAACACCAGAGGAAAUGGCCCGAGAGGCCGAUGAGUAUCGAGCUCUAUUCUCAUAGAUAAUGUACCUACCAUGUUCAAUCUUCUAUGCUACAUUGCAUAUAAAACAUUGAUUCAGGCUGACUGCUGCACUGAGCUUAAGAAUGCUCCAGUAUUUAUUCCUGUUGUGAUUCAA